UUGAAACCACAACAUGUGAAACUAAAUGGAUCAAAAAAUAAAAUUUAUUAUAAUCACAUUAAUAUUAAAAAAUGCUUCUUAUAUGUAUCUAAAUUUUUUUAAUAUAAUUUUUAUAAUAAAAAUGUCCUUUAAUAAUAUUAAAAUUUAUCAGCAUUGAUAAUCAAAUUCCAUUUAGCCUAAAAGCAGAACGUGAUUGAUUUUUAAAUAUGCAGCUUAUCAAUUUGACUUUGUUAUCAUAACAUCUUAUCUCACUUUCAAUUAAUACAACACAUUUUAUCACCAACUGUGUUUAAUUAAUAUGUCAUCUUUGACACAGCUUAAGAUUUAAGUACGUAGCAAGCAAGUCAGUAGUCGAUUAAACAUAGUGACACGAAAAUGGCGGAAGGCAUGGAUUUAAUGUAUUUUGAUCUCAGACUUGUUCACGAUCAUUUUGAUCGAGCUCUCGUUCAAGAUGAUGAUAUUGAUCUCAAAGCCUAUUUGGAUGCCUAUAAUGAACUUUACAAAUUUUUUCAACUGAUGGGUAGUGUUUUUGGCUUUGUAUCCUCGGAUUUAAAGCAAAAGAUUGAGAUAUUGAUUGAUUUGAUCAAUAAAAAUGAUCAGAACUAUGGUACAAUAAAGACUAUGAUAGAAUAUGAGAAAGAAAACAAAAUUUUAGAUAAAGGAGACUAUUCGAAUGGAGCUCGUACGUUAUUGAGGCUUCAUAGAGGCUUAGAUUUUAUUAGAGAAUUUUUAAGGCAAUUGGGCGAUCUUUCAGAUAGUGAUAAAACAUCCAGUUGUUGCCAAGAUGCUUAUAAUAAAACAUUAGCUAAGCAUCAUCCAUGGGUGAUUAGAAAGGCUGCAGUGGUUGCCAUGUAUACAAUGCCUACCAGAGAACUUUUAUUUAAGAAGGUCUGUGGUUCAGACGUUCAAAGGAAUGUUGAUGUCCUGCCAAAAAUGUUAGAAGUAACUGCGGAUGUGUUCAAUCGUACACACAAUCUCUAUGAAAUUCAUCAACUUCAUAGUCUACCAUAAAAAUAUCUUUAGAAAAAUAAUGCACUUACUUUUUGGUGCUUGAGAAAACAAACAUUCCAUAUAUGUGAUGCAUAUAUCAAUUCCAUACAUACAUUGAAUAUCGAUCUCAUUAAUGUUUUUUGUGAUACUUUACUUAUUACUAUACACUAUCGUAUUUAUAAUUAUCGAAAACGUGCAAAAUGUACUAGCUUAAGUUUUCAUAUUCGUACUAUGUAUGUUGUAAUCAUUUUAUUAUAUAUUUAUUAGUAUUUAUGAAUACGGGAAUUGUAUAAUUUAUAAAGAAUCGGUAUAUGGCUAUGGGA